AUGUCGAGUUACACUCCGAGCGCACAUCGAAGCAUGGGGAAGCACCCAAAAGGACUAUACGCAGAACAACGUUCCCACGUGGCAUUGCCAGAAGGCUCGCGCGAGUAUUCGGGCUAUUAUCAUGGUAACCGAGUGCCUCCGGCGCCACAGACGCCGUUCGACACCUCUUACGGUGUUUCGCUUCUUCCUUCGCAUCUUUUGAUGAGUUCGCCAUUCUUGGCGACACCUGGCAUGGGCUCUGCCUCCCCUCACCGUGCAGGAGGAAGCCGAUCGUCUCACGCGCAAAGCAGUUAUCACACUCCCAACUUCGGCUCUACGCAGUUACGCAUGCCUCCUCCCACCGAGAAGAGGAAUUUCAAGCACGGUAGCAGCUACCGGCACAACAGUUCGGUACAACAGCGCGCAUAUGAGGUUGUUUUCCACAUAUUACCUCGCAGCGCAGAUGGAGGUGGCGAUGAGUACAUGACGCGCUCACUACUUUUUUCAAAUUUGAACCCCGACACUCAUCUACAUGACUUUUUAACCAAAUUUGAGAAAUUUGAUCGCGUCGAGAGCGUCUACCUGGUAGAUUCUCAGCAACAAUCAGUCCUUGUUAGCUUCUUGACUAAAGAGACUUGCUUAGAUUUUUACAACGGAGUUUUGCAAAAACUCUCGGAGUUUAAAAAGGAGUUGAAGUCUAAAGAACUGACAUUAAAUUUUGCCUCACUGCGAGAUGUGAAGACUGGUCCGACUCUCCAAGAGAUCAAAAUUGAAGUUCUUAGGGCUGGUGCUACUAGGUCGCUGAUUUUGGAGUUUCAAGAUAAAGUUGAUCUGGCCUUGCUUUCUAAAAGCCUGGGUUUUAUCGUAAACGAGGGACCACGCUAUGUUGUCGAAGCUAUCGAGAUCGUCAAUGCAGGACGCUCGUCGAAGCAUUUUGGUCCCCAUUAUGCCAUUAUUCAUUUUAUUAGCAUUGCCAUGGCAUUGGAAACUGUUGAGUACCUCAAAUCCCAGUCAAAUAAAUUGGCUGGUUUGAUCAAAUUCCGCUAUGUUAACACCACUUCUGCUUCUGGCAAGUCAGAGUUCCAAACCUUAUCAAGCUCUCAGUUGAAUGAACGCGCCUUAUCAAACACUUCAGAUUCAGAUAUUUCAGGUGGGGAGAGUGUAGCAUCUCUAGGUUCGAAACUGCAACAAACCAGUCUAGGAGAGCAAACACUUGUUGUGGACCCGACACAAUAUGGUAGGCCUUUGGUCGAGGAGCGCUCCGAACACUUGCCCCACGUCACGAUCUCCAAGGCGCUUAAUUCCAAGUCUUCCCUUAAUGACUUAACCUCUAAUACUACAUCACCUCAACCACAAGAAGUCUUGGUCAAUGAUCAUGAGGAUUCAUCUUCGCGUGGCAGCAUGGUUUCUUUGAAACAGGCCAACUCACAUGGACCAGCUUACCCCCCUAUCCCUGGAUACCCUUUUUACAUGAACAUGUCCAAACCCCUUGGACAAACACUCCAGCAACAAUACACCACCACAGCGCAAGUUGCGACUGCAAUGGGCGGAGGAUUGGGAAACAGAACCGUUUAUAUCGGAAAUAUCAGCCCACGCUCCAAAACCGAAGACAUUUGCAACGUUGUUAGAGGCGGUAUUUUACAAAGUGUCAAAUACAUCGAAGCUAAGCAUAUUUGCUUUGUUACCUUCAUUGAAGCUGCCUCAGCUGUCCAGUUUUUCGCAAACUCCACUAUUGAGCCAAUAGUACUACACGGAAAUGUCCUAAAAGUUGGUUGGGGCCACCACUCCGGCAAUUUGCCUCAAUCAAUUUCACUAGCAGUUACGAUAGGUGCUAGCAGAAACGUUUAUGUGAGUCUCCCUGAGCAUGCGUUCAAGGAUAAGUUCAUCAAAGAUCCAGAAUAUCAGGAAUUCAAAGAAAAGUUCCAGCUUCCAUCAAAAGAGCAGUUAUAUGAAGACUUCAGUGUGUUCGGUGACAUUGAGCUGGUCAACUUUUUGGAAGACGGGCAUUGUUGUUGGAUUAAUUUUAUGAACAUAUCAAAUGCCAUUAAACUUGUUGAAGACGCAAACAAUCCAAACAAUGACUCCUUCCACGAAAAAUUCGGAAACAGAUACAAAGGGUUAUUUAUUGGGUAUGGGAAGGAUCGUUGUGGUAACGUCAACAAAAACUUGGUUGCCAACAAGAAUUCGAAGUACUUCAAAAAAGUUAAAAAGGCAAGCUACAACAUUAGACUGCGUAAACAGCAAAAAGGUGCCAGUGAUGCACCAACUGAAGUAAAGGAUGAAGCAAAAGAGCUUGACAAGCCAAUAAAAGCGGACGCAUUUGGAAUAAGCGUUGGCGAUACGCAGAAUCUUGUGCGGGAUUCUGACGAGGAACAAAAACUUGAGGAAGACGAGCUUCUGAGAUUGAGUGAUCUCAACAACACAGGGGGAGGCUUGGGAAUUUCGCUUGCCAGCAGUACCGGCGAGGAAACCAAUACUCCCGUGUCUGACGAAAGCAGUAAGGAAGAGAGCGUCUCGUCAGAGUCUUCGGACGUUGAUAUACUCGUCUCUGCUCCUGGGAGUGCAGACACAUCGCAGCUGGAAAGCAAAACUGCCCCACGCAGUCCUAAACAGCCUCGGGUCCUCGCUAAUGUCCCAGAAAAGCCAUCGGCAUUCAGCGCUAUCAUUCCCCGCGUCUCAAGCGCGUCUCUGGAUGCCGUUCCUCCUCUUGCACCCUCAACCUUGAGUCGUCAGUACACAGCAACAUCCAAGCAUAACAGUCGCAGGGGCAGCAGAUUUGGGACUACCGAAAAAUCGUCUCCAAGAUAUAACGAUAUUAGAAGCCAGGAUUCUAAAAAGCCGCUUCACCCGAGACGCCGCAAAUCCAAAGCGAUCCCGGGUUCCGAUGUCAUGGCUCAGUAUCUUGCCCAGUUGCAGCACUCAACUUUUAUGUAUGCAGCUAACAUUCUGGGCGUGGAUGAUGGUGAGACUGUGUUUUACGACGAGAACGGCCCUACUACUGAUCCGCUCAUUUAA